AUAAUCGACCUUGACAGUUUUCAACGUGUUAACUGUUGAUGCAAUAGAUACUUAUAUAGAUUCUGCCUUUUUCCUACAUUUUUGCAGUGCCAGCAAUGGCUACAUCCUCAACCUCUGGCCUUCCACAAGAUGAUGGUCUGUGGAUAUUUCUUCGCAACAGAGGUGUUCCUGAGGAGAGUAUCCAGAAAAUGCAGCAGGAUCAUAUCGACAUCUCGCUCAUUGGAGAGAUAGAUGAUGCCAUUAUGGCUUCUUACAUUCCCGCAUAUGGUGACAGGAUUGCCACAAGGCGUUUCUGUAUGGACAAACAGAGAAGAGGUGGAAAUGAGACAAAAAGACUGUCCUUAUUUGAAAAACUUAAAAAAAAAAUGGGCACAAUGAGCAACACAGACAGCGAUCAAGAUUUUGAGAGGGAAAAUACCGUGCAGUCAAAAAAAAUGCAUCUAAGAAGUAAUAAGAGAGCCUGGAAGACAACCAGAAAAAUAGAGUUAGGGUGGAUACAUGAUAACAGACAAGUCAGAAAACGCAGUGGUGGAGGAACCAGAGUUCUUGAUAUUAACAAGAGUGCCACCAAAAUUGAGAUUUUGUCACAAGCAAAAAAACUGUUUUUCCAUAAUGAAAAGUCAGUGAUGGGAAAGUGGGAAGAGUUCAGUCACGAUGUAGUUGACUUUCAGGAAGCACAAGUUGAUGAGGAUGUUAGUGUAGGAGAGUACUAUGAAACCCACAAAUUUGGGUUGUUAAGAUUUUAUUUGUUCACAAAGACCCUGACCAGUGAAGAUGACCCAGAGGAAAGAGCUGAUGUACUUACAGAUGAGCAACAUGAAAACACAACAGAAUCUGGACAAGAGAAGCACACAAUGGAAGACGUCGAGCAACUGACACAGGAAAGACAUAACAGUGAAAAUGAAAUGCACACAGUCAAAGAUGAUGAGCAAAGUACUGCUACAGUGUCAGCUGAUGUCUCUCCUGCAGCUAUUCAGAUUAUUGACCUUACAUCUUUGUGUAAUACAUCAGAAGUCGUUUUUGGUCCUUUGACAGGUGGGCCGUUUUUAGGUGCUCUUGAUGAUACACUCAUAUAUGAGCCAAUCCUUGCCAUAGAAGACGAACAAAUAAACACCCCCACCUCCACCUCAACUCCUAUUAAUGCUGGCACAGCUUCUGCUACACCACCAAGUCCUGCCUAUGAACUUUUGCAUGUGACUGUGAAACUUCACAGAGUGACUCUCGUAGAUGAACUGAUUGCCCAGUUCAAGGAUGAAGCAAUGAUGACCUACUCUUUGAAAUACAGCUUCAUUGAUGAAAUGGGAGCAGAUGCUGAUGGUGUGUCCAGGGAUGUAUACGCUGCCUUCUGGACAGAGUUUUUAGAUUGUGCAGCAGAAGGUGCAGAUGUGAGGGUGCCAUCACUCUCCCCAAAAUGGCAAGAGGAGGAAUGGAAGUCUGUUGGCAGGAUAUUGGCCAAAGGACUGAAGGAUCAUGGAUAUUUUCCAUUUCGGCUGGCACAAGCCUUUACAGCAGCAGUCAUAUUUGGUGAACGCUCUGUUUCACCUGAUUUACUGUUUGACUCUCUGAUGUUGUAUCUUAGUCAGUCUGAGCAUGAUCUCUUGUCCACUGCUUUGCAAGAGGCUGUUGUCAGCGAUGAUGAGGAAGAGCUUCUUGAUCUUAUGGAUCGCAUGGGACACUGA